AUGGCAUCUCCUCGCCACUCCAUCGUCGCUUCCCUUCCACAAGAGCUCCUCGCACACAUCUUCACCAUGCUCAAACACGUGAUGGCCGCAGACGCCGCUGAAGGCGACGGCAUCCUCGCCGACGAAUUCCAGAAUCUCUACUCCUUUGGGUGGACGCACGUCGUCCAGGUCUGUCGGGAGUGGCGCGACGUUGCUCACCAGACUGCCGCCUUAUGGUGCGACAUCGAUGUGCCUCACCCGAGCUAUCCACGGCUGCGCGGAUAUCCUUCGACCGGCGCUUUUAUCCAACGUCUCCAGGUUAUCCUCCCUCGCACUUGCGGUAGCGCCCUUCAGCUGUCUUUCCACAGCCUCGAACUCCUGUCAAAGGCAUCUCUCCAGGAUCUUUUCAAAGAUCCAUCCCGAAUCCGCAGUCUCCAGGUGCCCAAACCAUUCCUGGUCAACAACCUUCACGACCUUGAACCUAGGCUUGAUGUGCUGAACCUCCCGAUGCCCCUACUUGAAGAGCUCGACGUCCGAUCUAAACUGCCCAUUCGACCGCCUCCCUCCCCGCCCCCUGUCUCUGUGGACUUCUCAGAUGCACGGUAUCCUCGCCUUCGCAGCCUCCGAAUCCUGCGCAUCAACUUCACAUCAGUCACAGCUUUGAGGAAUCUCCAUGUUCUCGACCUUCGUUUAUGCACCUUCGACAACGAACUGGCAUCAGGGAGCGAUCUCCUGAAGCUUCUGGAUGCGUCGCCAAACCUUCAAGUCCUCUGUCUUCACCACGUCUUGUCGCAACUGAAAAUGGACCUCCCAUCGGCCCCUCUCAAGGACCUCACUGCCCUCCGAAAACUCGACCUUUUCGAUGCACCAGACAAGAUAUCUUUGUUCCUUUCGUGGUUCUCUUUUCGACCCGACAUCGCCAUCCACCUCGGCACGCCAACCGAGCCCAUCGACAACCUCGCAGAUCUGGUAGCCGCGUUCAACGCGCCCCUCCCCGCCGAUCGCAGUCGCUUCCCCAUGCUCGCCGCCGCCGACUUCGGCUCAGCCGACGCCGACGCCACCCUCACCCUCACCGCCCGGGGCCCGUCCGACCCGUCCAAGCCCGACGACGACGACGCCCGCCUCGGCGCGCUCACGCUCGCGCUCCCCCGCGCAGACGUCGCCUCCCACCUGUGCACGCUCGGCGCGCUCCUCCCCGCCUUCCGCAGCGUCUUCGCCGGCGCCCCGCUCCGCCGCCUCGUCCUCUCGGGCGACUUCAGGUCCGUCGCCGCCGUCCCCCUGCGCGCGCUCCUCCUCGACUUCCCGCACGUGCGCUCCCUCCGGUGCGCGAGCCUCGGCACCGCGCUCCCCGCGAUCUGCGCGCUCGGGCUCCCGCUCGGGGCUCCCGACUCCACCGGCAGCGCGUCGGAUCCGCUUGUGGCGCCCACGGCCCUGGGGCCGGCGCGGCGGUUCGCGGUGCCGCACCUGGGCGAGCUCGACUUCGACGCCCUCGACUGGGGGCUGGGCACGAUGGAGGCGCUGACGGCGGUGCUGCGCGCGCGGACGGAGGGCGGGGCGAGGAGGCUGGGGCGCCUUCGGAUGAACCUGUGCGCGGAGGGCGAGGUGGAAGGGGAGGAUGCGCGUGCGAGCGUCCGGGCGUAUAGAGGCCAGAUCGAGCCGACGUACGUCGACAAGCUUGAGUUCCAAGUCGCGGUCUACGAGUAUUUCCUCGACUGA